AUGUUUUCCACUACAAGAAGUUCAAGAAUCAUGAGACUCGCAAGACAAGAAAAUAAGUGCAGAUAUUCAGACGAUAUUGGAGUAGCAGUGAAGCAAGAUGCUGGAUCAGUAAUGGACAAAAACAAGCAUUAUGAAUAUUAUGGAUGCCCUAAUUUUGAAUCAGCAGAUAUGAGUGAAGAUAAAAACCAGCAAAACAGCAAACUUCAUUGUCGAGACUAUAGAUGCCAUUUGAUGAAAUCUGCUCAUCUAAAUCCUCCUGAUUUCUUAGUUCCGAAAGAAACCAAUGUUUUCAAUCCCACCAUUCAUGACGUGCCAUCCGACGAUAUGUGGAAACAAAUUUUCACCAAUGAUACACCCAAUAAAAACAUGUUGGCUUCGGUAUCUGGACUGGAUGAAGUAGACAAUCAACCAUCUUGUUCUUUUUAUGGUACCUCUAGCAACCAAAUGAACACUUAUGAUAAAAAUAAUGUAGAAGAGGAUAUUUACCUUUCGUCAUCUGAAAAUGAUCCAUUUGAGACGGAUGAAGACUCAGAUUACGAAGAAGAUUCUGAAAUCGAAGACGAUAGUGUACAAAAUCUACCAAUUAGAAAACAGAAACGGAAAUGCAUUAAACGAUUUACACAGAAAGAAAAAACGAGGAAAAGAACAAGAAAUGUGACUACAUGGAAAAGGAAUGAAAUAAAAUUGGCAAGAAAUUCAGGCAAAGAAUACCUAGACUGGAAAGGAAAUACUCACAGUGCAAGAAAGUUGAAAGAUCCAUGUAAAAAUUGCAAAAAGAAAUGUGUAGAGAGAAUCGGUCAUACCGAACGAGAAGAAAUCUUCAAAGACUACUGGAGUUUAGCUGAUAUUAACCGGCAAAGGGACUUUAUAGCACGUCAUGUUGUAGUAAAGGUUAAAGGUAGAACUAGGUUACAAAAACAAUCUUUAAAUUCGGAUGAUUCUGACGAACCACCAAUCAUGCAAGAGAGAAGCAGACGUACUUUUACCAAUUUCUAUUACUUGACGGUACGAGAAGAAAGAAUUUCCGUUUGUCAAAUUUUCUUUCUAAACACACUUUGUAUAAGUGCUCAAGUGGUGAAGACCGUGAUAAAAAAAUUGGGAUCUACAGGCGUUAUUAGUGCCGACAAAAGGGGAAAAGUUUGCAAAAACUCCCAAAUUGAUGAUACUGUGAAGCAAACAGUAAGGAAUCAUAUCAGUUCAUUCGAUUUUAUCGAAAGCCAUUAA